GGAUCACGGGGGAAAUCCGGCCGGAAACAAGGGGACGAUGGAAGAAAUUGGUGUCAGCCUGGAUGUUAAUCUCUUGUCCCGAUUCACGACUGUUGGGGACACCUUUCACAAGGGCUGAUCUUCGUUCGAUGCAUACUCAAUACCGCCGGGCGUCCCUUAAACGCUCGCAUCCUUGUCGAGACGGCCUUUAAAUAUGGCGACCGAUACGGAACAGCCUGGGACCGGAAAAUGCCAUGUUCAAAGUUUAUUCUGGCUCCCAUUACAUUGAGACAGAAGACGAGCUACGGAGAAGCGGCAUCAAGCCGGUUGAAGUUCGGGUCCGUGCUGACCAAGUCCUGUUCACCCAUGGUGGGCUUUGGGUAGAGACACUUGGAUCCUGUGGUGGCAAUCUGAUGUGGAUGGGAGUGUCUACGGAUCUUGUUGGCCUCCAUAUUGAGAGAUACAGUCUCCAUUUCAUUGCUGAUGCCCAUGCGGCUUCACAUUUUCUUAGUCGCUGAAUGGUUUCUAAUCACUCUAUCUGAUUUGAAUGCACGUUGAGGUAGAUUGGUGUAAGCAUAUAGGAUGAACUUCCGGUUGCCUCAACAUCCGGACUCCCUUUGACCCCUAUUUGCAAGAAUACCUACAUACAUUCCGUUAUUGAAGUGAGAAUAGAUUGAUUCUAGUGGACUUAACUACUAGGUUAUAUUUUAUAGGGG